AGUAUCUUGUCGGCGGUUGGCUCCGAAUUUGACCUGCGGACACUGAGAGCAGUCAGGGUUCUGCGACCACUUAAGUUGGUGUCAGGGAUUCCCAGCCUGCAGGUGGUACUCAAGUCCAUCAUGAAGGCUAUGAUCCCCCUGCUGCAGAUCGGACUGCUUCUCUUUGUGGCCAUUCUGAUGUUCGCCAUCAUCGGCCUUGAGUUCUAUAUGGGAAAGUUCCACACCACCUGUUUCGACAUCGCCACUGAUGAGAUUUAUGAUGAGUUGCCAUGCGGUACAGAGUUACCGUCCAGAUUGUGUCCUAAUGGGACCACGUGUAAAGGCUAUUGGCUGGGGCCCAACUAUGGGAUCACCCAAUUCGACAACAUUCUCUUUGCUGUCCUCACUGUAUUCCAAUGUAUCACCAUGGAGGGUUGGACCGAUAUGUUAUACUAUAGUAAUAAUGUAGAGGGAAGUGCCUGGAACUGGAUGUACUACAUCCCCCUCAUCAUCAUCGGGUCCUUCUUCAUGUUAAAUCUGGUGCUGGGCGUCCUCUCAGGAGAGUUUGCCAAAGAGAGAGAGCGAGUAGAGAACCGUGCAGAGUUCCUCAAAUUGAGACGCCAGCAGCAAAUAGAGAGAGAGCUAAACGGAUAUCUAGAAUGGAUCUGUAAAGCAGAGGAGGUCCUUCUGAAUGAGGAUGGUACCAUUUUUACCGGUACCGUCAAGACCAAGAACAAGAAGGAGCUUCUGAAUCCAGAGGAGGGGGAAGACGGUGGAGCUAAUGGAGACCCGUUUGGCCGAGGUGGUCUACAGGAUGGGUCCAACUACAAUAGGAACGAGCGGCGGAUCCGGUUCUUCAUCCGUAAGAUGGUGAAGACUCAGGCCUUCUACUGGACCGUCCUGAGUCUGGUGGGCCUCAACACCAUGUGUGUGGCGGUGGUACACUAUGAACAACCUGAGAUCCUCUCCGACUUUCUCUUCUAUGCAGAAUUUAUAUUCCUGGGUCUGUUCAUGUCAGAGAUGUGUAUUAAGAUGUAUGGCUUGGGGACAAGGCCCUACUUCAACUCCUCCUUCAACUGCUUUGACUGUGUUGUGAUCGUGGGCAGUAUAUUUGAGGUGAUAUACGCGGUCAUUAAGCCAGGGACAUCGUUUGGCAUCAGUGUGUUAAGAGCCCUCCGACUGCUCAGGAUCUUCAAAGUCACCAAGUACUGGGCCCCUCUACGUAACUUGGUGGUAUCAUUACUCAACUCUAUGAAGUCCAUCAUCAGUUUGCUCUUCCUCCUCUUCCUCUUCAUUGUCGUCUUUGCCCUUUUGGGCAUGCAGCUCUUCGGUGGACAGUUCAACUUUGAAGGUGGCACACCGGCCACCAACUUUGACACCUUUCCUGCAGCUAUAAUGACAGUAUUUCAGAUCCUGACGGGUGAAGACUGGAACAUGGUGAUGUAUGAUGGGAUCAAGUCUCAGGGAGGAGUAAACAGUGGAAUGGCCUACUCCGUCUUCUUCAUAGUGCUCACACUCUUCGGCAACUACACCCUGCUGAAUGUGUUCUUAGCUAUCGCUGUGGACAAUCUGGCCAAUGCUCAGGAGUUGACCAAGGAUGAGGAGGAGCAAGAAGAGGCAGCUAAUGCCAAGACAACCCUGCAGAAGGCCAAGGAGGUGGCUGAAGUUAGUCCUCUGUCUGCCGCUAACCUCUCCAUCGCUGCUAAGGAGCAGCAGAAGAAUAAUAAGGCUGGUGGUAAAUCCGUGUGGGAACAGAGGACCAGUGAGAUAAGGAGACAGAACCUGAUGACCAGCAGAGAGGCCCUGUACAACGAGAUGGACACGGAGGACUGGAAGGUGUCGUACCCCCAUCGUGCUGGGGACAUGAAGACCCACCUGGACCGUCCGCUGGUGGUCAACCCCCAGGACAACCGCAACAACAACACCAACAAGACCCGGCCCGGAGAGCCCCCUCUAGACCCGCAGGACACCCUGGGCCAGCAGAGGGCUGAAGAAUACAUCAGACGCCAGAGACGGAGGGGAGGAGGCCGGCGUCAUCGGCAUGGAGAGAGGAGCCGACAGCAUCGAGUUAGAAAAGACCACCACUGCAGUGGCCCCAACCUCUCCACCGCACGGCCCAUCCUCAGACAGGACAGUCAGUACAGGGAAGACCUAGACAACCUACUCAACAACAGCAAACUACACGACCACACCCUCCACCCGCUGCCCCCAGACCACCCUGACCUUGUGAAUAACCUCCUGAACCGCAGUGUGACAGCAGACACACACCACCAUAGUAUGGACAGUCUAAUUCUGACCAGUAUGGCCAAGCCGGCUCAUACGGUCGUGGAUAUGAUGCCUCCUGUCUAUCCAUAUCCCUCCACCAAUGCCAUCCUGCAAGUGAACAAGAAUGCUAACACAGACCAGAAAAAGAAGGAUGAGGAGAAGAAGGAGGAAGAGGAGGAUGAAGGGGGCGAUGAAGAUGGUCCCAAACCAAUGCCCCCGUUCAGCUCCUGUUUCAUACUGUCCACCACCAACCCGUUCCGUAGGUGCUGCCACUACAUCCUGACCAGGAAGUACUUUGAGUUCAGUAUCCUGUCUGUGAUCGCAAUGAGCAGCAUCGCCCUGGCUGCAGAGGACCCUGUCUGGCCUGAGUCACCAAGCAACCAAGUGCUGAAAUACUUUGACUAUGUCUUCACGGGUGUCUUCACGUUUGAGAUGUUGAUCAAGAUGGUGGUACUAGGCCUGUUCUUACAUCAGGGUUCAUACUUCAGGGACCUGUGGAACAUCCUGGACUUUAUAGUGGUUAGUGGUGCUCUGGUGGCCUUCGCCUUCACGUAA